AUGGAUCCUUUAUACUUUUCCACCACAUUUAGCACAGAAGCUAGUUCCAUUGAUGUGAAUUCCUCACUGCUGGUAAACGUGACCGAGAAUGGGACGCUCUCAGAGCAGCCCUCAUUCAAAUACAUCCACAAAGUCCUGAUUCCCAUCUGUUACCUCCUUGUGUGUGCAGUCGGACUCAGCGGCAACACGUUGGUCAUUUACGUAGUUUUGCGCUACGCCAAGAUGAAAACUGUCACCAACAUCUACAUCCUGAAUUUAGCUGUGGCCGAUGUCCUCUUCAUGCUGGGGCUGCCCUUCCUGGCAACCCAGAAUGCCAUCUCCUAUUGGCCUUUUGGUUCCUUUUUGUGCAGGCUGGUUAUGACUGUAGAUGGUAUCAACCAAUUCACUAGCAUUUUUUGUUUGACUGUGAUGAGCAUGGACCGCUACCUGGCAGUAGUCCACCCCAUUAAAUCAACCAAGUGGAGACGUCCCAGGGUGGCCAAGCUCAUCAGCGUGACUGUCUGGACUUUCUCGUUCUUGGUGGUGCUUCCAGUCAUCAUCUUCUCGGAUGUGCAGGAAGACUUUCACACCUGCAACAUGAACUGGCCAGAGCCUGUCAACAUCUGGUCAGCGGCAUUCAUCAUCUACACGUCAGUCCUUGGGUUUUUUGGCCCUUUGUUGGUGAUCUGUCUCUGCUACUUGCUGAUCGUGAUUAAAGUCAAAUCUUCGGGGAUCCGAGUCGGGUCUACGAGGCGCAGGAGAUCAGAGAGGAAGGUGACCAGGAUGGUGGUGAUCAUUGUGGUGGUCUUUGUGUUUUGCUGGCUCCCAUUUUAUGUAAUGAACAUCGUCAAUUUGAUAUUUAUACUGCCGGAAGACCCCGUGUUGUCAGGGGUGUACUUCUUUGUGGUGGUCCUGUCCUAUGCGAACAGCUGUGCCAACCCCAUUCUUUAUGGGUUUCUUUCUGACAACUUCAAGCAGAGUUUUCAGAAAGUCCUUUGCCUUCGAAAGAGCAACGGUGUAGAGGAUGGUGACCCCAUUGAACACAGGCAAGAGAACAGCAGCCGCUUGCAGGAAUCAAUGUUAACCCAGAGAAAUAUUGAAUUCAAUGGACACAUGCAGACUAGCAAGGUGUAA